UCGAGACGUCCUUUUGGCGCUGUCUCGCCGGUUCGGCUUGGCUGAUGGUGUCAGUUUAUUUAAAUCAUUUGGACUAGUAGUUUCGAUCCGCUCCGUAGGGCUCAGUGUGAUAGCUUGUCGCCGAUUUUGAUUUGAAGUCAAAUGUCAGCUCGAAUGAGCGUCGUGUGCUCUGUGUAAGCUAAUUAUAAUAGGUGCAGUUAGACGCGGCGUGUUCACGUGGUCGUCCAUCAUUUAACAGCAGUGCGAUUGGCCAAUAUAAAAAGAUCGGGUCUUAUAAUGGCAACAUUGAUAACCAAUACAGAUAUGACAAGAACGGUGGCAACUGCAUCCGAAUCAGCCGCACUAUUCGCAAAAGACAACAUCCGCGGAUUCUGUAGAUGUGAAAAUCCUUAGGUGUAAUUAAGGAUUCUUCGGGAUGUAUUUCUAAGCUCAAAAAGUUUUCUAAGAAAAAGUUAUAUCUUGAGCACCGCGGCGUCACGUUUUUGCUUGAUUUAAAGUUUAAGUUAAAUUUGCGAGUGUUAGUUUAUGCAAGAGAGGGGCAUCCGAGGUUUUUAGGGUCGAAUUCGAAAAACCUAGCACGAAGAGUCUUCUGUAACGUUUUCGACCACCGCUCAUCUAAGUGUACAACCCAGGCCGUGUGUUAACAUUUGCCGUAUGGCUAUAGUGUGUGCAUGUUUCAUGAGUGCUAUAAUACCUACAGAGGAGGUUUUGUAUUUUGUGUGAAGCGCUCGUCUUUCGAAUUGCGACUGUGCGCGAAGUCAAGAUGAAGUGCUUCGGAGAAAAGGCGAAGACCUUCCACUGCAAGGUACUCCUUCUCGACAACACCGAACUCAUUCAGGAGCUCAAGAAUGUCUCGCGGGGCCAAGAUCUCUUGGACGCGGUGCACAAACAUCUCAAUUUACUUGAAACAGCCUACUUCGGACUGCGCUACAUAGACGCGACAGGACAAACGCACUGGAUGGACGCUACGAAGAAAAUCUACAAGCAGAUGAAAGGAGUGGAAAACUAUACAUUCUACUUUGGUGUCAAGUACUAUGCAGCAGAUCCGUGUAAACUUCUGGAAGAGAUUACGCGGUAUCAGUUUUUCCUACAAGUGAAGCGCGACAUACUGCACGGUAGAGUUCCCUUAACUUAUGACCUAGCAGCUCAGCUUUUCGCGUUCGCCGUCCAGUCUGAGUUAGGUGACUUCGAUCCGAGACGACACAAUUCAGGCUACAUCUCAGAAUUUCGAUUCGUUCCCGACCAAACCGAAGCCCUUGAGGAGAAAGUGGUUCAGCUUCACAAAACUCUCAUAGGUCAAGUUCCAGCGCAAGCAGAGCUCAAUUUCCUUGAUCGUGUUAAAUGGCUGGACAUGUACGGCGUAGAUCUACACCCUGUGCUGGGGGAAGACCACGUUGAGUACUAUAUUGGCCUGACUCCAGCUGGCAUUGUAGUUCUCAAGAACAAAACCAAGGUUGGAAACUAUUUCUGGCCGCGAAUCGGCAAAGUAUACUACAAGGGGUGUUUUUUCAUGCUGCAGGUGAAGGACAAAAGUAGCGAGGAAAAUACGUACGGUUUCGAGCUUCCGAACAAAGCGGCCUGCAAGCAUCUGUGGAAAUGCUGCGUUGAUCAUCACUCCUUUUUCAGAUUGGCGCAAUCGAAUCCAGACGCGUCUGCUGCUACAAGCAAACUUUUCGGGUUUGGGUCGAAGUUACGUAACUCGCUACGCGGCAGCUCACGGAGCAGCAAGGUGUCUGCUGGUGGACCUACACUGACUCCGAGAGAAAGCCGGGACGUGAGUCGGCCCCAGCCCACGUUUACACGAGUGCCCAGCCGUCGCUACCAGAUGCAGCGGUUAGACAAUCCUGAUGGAGCUGACGCGACGUCCAAUUUCGAAGCGGAAUCGAGAAGGAGCAGUGUCGCUACGACAACACAAUCGACGCCAUAUAGCAUGUACAGAAGCGUCUCAGUGCCGUCGGUCGGGGGUGCAGCAGGAGGUACAACUCGGGCUUGGGACGAACCGCGUCCGCGAGGACUCUUCUCGCACUCCGGAUCGGCCAAUCCUUCGCCGCGUUCCGUGCGCAGCAUAGCCAUGUCGGCUCGCAGUUACCGAGACUCGUCAGUAGAUAGUAUGGACUGUUUUCGGCACCGCAAGAGGCAUCGGAGUCGGCACGAGCGUGAUAGAAGUGAACAACAUGGAAGGUCAGACGCCGAAAGUGAAGUUUCUCGCACAUCAAGAAAUAGCCGAACUUCGCGCGCGAGCAGUGCUUGCCGCCACAGCAGUUACCACUCACGUAGCGAGGUGUCCGGAAGUGAAUGUGAGAGCGUUCUUCGUCAUUCGGGGCAUCGACACCGGCAGCCUAAUCAUCAAAGCAAUGGAAACACGUCACAUCGAGGCAGUGCCCUCGAACUGGUGGACAGCCAACCCCAGUGGCUCGAAAGUCAAAAGCGAAGACAGCAGCAUCACCAGGCGCUGAACAGCUCCAUCUCAUCUCCACAAAGUGCCGUUGUGCGUUCGUUAACGAGCUCUGGCGGAGCAGAUGGUAGUGAGAGCUCGUCAAAACCUCGUUGUAGCGGUUACGUGCAAUCGGGCGUGGAGACGGAAAGCGAAGCCGUGUUCAGCGCAGGUUCAUCGUCCAGAAAAAGGCACCGCAAACAUCGUUCGAAAAGUCCUGGCCGUCGUGAGAACCUCAUACCUCAUGAGGUACGUCGACUUAUCGAAUAUAACAUGCUCGAACCUCAAUUGGCCGGUCCGAACGGUGCUCCUGUGGACGACAUUAAAUACACAAAAGUCGAGACCGAUUCUCGCUUGUUCAGGAUAAGAUAUAACGAAAACUCUCAACGACGUGCCAAGGUGGCCGUCGUUAAGAAUCAAAACCCAGAAACGGGGUCGUCGCACUCGAAGCGGUCUGUCUGCUCCCAGGGGCCAAAUAGUGUGGGGCAUCAGUCAAGCCAUAGCCAGUUAAAUUACAGACAGCAAUUGAAAGAAGGUCCAGGUGGCGUUUCGUCACCGAGCAAUGUGAGCUCGUCCCAUCACCACGCUUCGCAAACGCGCUUACAUCAUUCGACGCCCCCGCCACCGUAUCAGCAUAACCAUAGCCAUCAACAACAAGCACAGCAUUUUCAAUCGUACCAAAAUGAACAUACAGCAGGCCUCCCGGAGGUGGCAUCGAGAACAAAAAGCGAGGACAAUCUUGGCGAUCAUGUGGCCGGAACACCGGGCACGCCUAGUGCGCCCCCUACGCCAAGUUCUGAGAUCAACGGGUGGAAACCCUCGAGGCCUCAUAACCAUCAAUCAACCGAGAACCACCUACAAUCAUAUCAUCAAUAUCACAGCAUCCAGAACGGCCAAAGCAGUAACUUCCCAGGUUUUCCAUCGAACCUUCUGCACGCUUCAAACUCGUAUCAUUCAUUCAACUCGUCCAGAAGAACCCCUCAGCAGACGGUGAUCCACCGAGAGGUGGUCGGCGACCUGAUUGGUCCACCUUCGUUGCUCUCGUCGCCUCAAAUGACUCCCGUGUCAUCCGGUUACCACUCAGCCGCUACGACGUCAACCUCGCCUGUCGUUCCACCCAGGCUACCAAAACACAACUCCGCUGGCUCGACGACGUCUGGUUCGUCCGGCAGCGCUAUGCGAGUGACAUUUCAAAAUCCCCCCGUCAGUCAACCUCCAGUCCACACACCUACCCCUCCGCUUGCAAAGUUACCGUCGACAGGAUCGUUGCCUCGCGCGCACAACCCAAUUCCGGUAGCUCCUCCAACGUUACCAUCCCCUUCUCCUUUGGCCUCGAUUGCCACAGUCGCUUCGCCAACGGGAAACAACUCUGUAAUAAAUUCACCGCAACUCGUUCUCAGGACAUUUCAGCCGCUGAAAAAGUCUGCAUGUUGAGCAUCGGUCGGUCACAGAAAACGGAUUAGUUCUGUUUGAUGCUACCGGAAUCAAUUCGACGCGCUAAGGAACAGGUUUUGUUAUGUACUACUAUCCGACAAUAACAACCCGUGCUACGCACGACAGCAAGAAGAACAACGUCAGUUCUAUAAGUUUAUAUAUACAUAUAUACACACCGAAGGCAAGGAGUACACAGGACAGGGACAAUGAAUCGUAAAUUUGAGUGGUAAAAUGCUUGCGUGUUGAGUGUAAUUCGUGUGUCUAACAAAUAACUGGGACUACUGAGAACAACAUUUAAGGGUCGCGUGAGAAUAGACGUGUGAUGGAGGUAGAAACUUAAAGAUCGAAGAAACAAUUUCUGAUAGAUAAUCCUGAAAGUCCCAGAUAUUGGCUUUAUAUUCACGGAACAAGGCCAAACACGUAUGUCUCGCUCAUGCGAGUUUAUCGGAUAGGUAACAAGUGACAACCGCAUAGCACAGUCUAAUAUAUAAGCGAAUGUCUAAGAUUACCACGACCAAGGUCUAUAUAUAUAUAUAUAUAUAUACCUUGGUCGCUAUUAUAUGACGCCGGCAGGAUGAUGUACGAGAGGACUAUGAGCCUACCAGAGCUAUGAUACGACAUUAAUACUCAUCAUUUUCUCUUCAUCAUUUGUGUGUAUUUAUACGUAAUGGAAGACGCAUAAAAA